AAUCUUUAUUCGAAAAGCUAGCAACCUAUCUGGCUGAAGUGCAAGAAGCUGAUUUUGCUGCCACAAUCGCUGAGUCUCAUGAGACCUUUCAUGAGCUCUUAGAGGCAGCAACAGGAGUCCCUCAUGACGAAGAUCAAAAUCAAAUUCUUUGGAAGAAAUUCAUGGAUUUUUUGAAAGCACAGUCAGCAAAAGCUAGAAUAAAAAACCCUACAGCAGCAGCACUAGCUUUCCAGAGCCUGCAUGAAAGAAUAGCGAGUUCUAAAGUCAAACUCAGAUAUUUGAAAAGAAAUUUU